CAGGGGGGCGCGACCACCAUGCUGGACUUUGUCAUCUUUGCAGCCACUUUCCUGCUCAUCCUGGUGGGAGCCGUGCUUUACCUGUACCCGUCUUCCAGACAGGCUUCGGGUAUCCCAGGGAUGACUCCAACGGAUGAAAAAGAUGGGAACCUCCCCGACAUCAUCACAAGUGGCAGCUUGCAUGAGUUCCAGGUGACCCUCCAUGAGAAAUAUGGCCCUCUAGUCUCCUUCUGGUUUGGACGACGCCUUGUGAUCAGCCUCGGCUCCAUUGAUCUCCUGAAGCAGCACGUCAACCCCAACAGGACCUCCGACCCCUUUGAAACGAUGCUGAAGUCCUUGUUGCGGUACCAGUCUGGCCUAGGUGGAGAUGUGGGCGAGAGCUGCCUGAGGAAAAAGCUGUAUGAAAAUGGCGUAACCAAGUCUCUGCAGAGUAACUUCCCUGUCAUCCAGAAGCUGUCAGAAGAGUUGCUGGCAAAAUGGCUGACCUUCCCGGAGUCUCAGCAUGUGCCCCUCAGCCAGCACAUGCUGGGAUUUUCAAUGAAGGGCGUCACACAGAGCUCCAUGGGCAGCAGGUUUGAAGAUGACCAGGAAGUAAUCCGAUUUCGUAAGAACCACGAUGCGAUCUGGGCAGAAAUUGGAAAGGGUUUCUUGGAUGGGUCACUUGACAAAAGCGUGACCAGAAAAAAGCUGUACGAAGAUGCUCUAAUGGAGAUGGAGUUGGUCUUGAAGAAAGUCAUAAAAGAGCGGCAGGGAAAGAGCUUCAACCGGCACAUCUUCAUCGACUCUUUACUGCAGGGGAACCUGGCGGACAAGCAGAUUUUGGAAGACACUAUGAUAUUCUCCCUGGCAGGGUCAAUAAUCACUGCUAAGUUGUGCACCUGGGCAGUCUAUUUCUUGACUACCUCUAAAGAAGUUCAGCAGAAGCUUUACAAUGAGAUGGACCAAGUUCUUGGCAAAGGCCCAAUUACACAUGCAAAACUUGAGCAACUCAGAUAUUGCCGGCAGGUCCUGUGCGAGACAGUGAGGACGGCGAAGCUGACACCAGUUGCAGCACGGCUUCAGGAGCUGGAGGGCAGAGUUGACCAGCAUAUUAUUCCCAAAGAGACUCUGGUGCUCUAUGCUCUUGGCGUGGUGUUGCAGGACAGCUCAGCCUGGCCGCUGCCCUAUAAAUUUGAUCCGGACAGAUUCAAUGAUGAAUCCGCCACAAAAAACUUCUCCCUCCUGGGUUUUUCAGGAAGUCAGGAGUGCCCUGAGCUGAGGUUUGCCUACACGGUAGCUACAGUCCUCCUGAGUGUGAUAGUGAGGAAACUCCACCUGCACCCUGUGGAAGGCCAAGUCAUGGACACCAAGUAUGAGCUGGUCACCUCGCCAAAGGAGGAAGCAUGGAUUACUAUAUCCAAGAGAAACUAAGACGGGGAAUGAAGUUGCAUUUCGGGAGAAGAGCCCUCUUCCAUCACUCACUGCCUUCCAGUGUUUCAGUCUAACCAUCUUUAGGCCGAGAAUGACUAAAGUACUUCCCCUUUUUCUUGAUGGAAAAUCGCCUCACAGUAAUAAAACCCAGUUGUCUCUUAGGAUGCUGUAAACAAAUCUGCAGGAUUAACAGAAGUGGAUAAUUUUGUAGGUUUAAAAAAUGGUCACAGACUUUCCCCCCUCCCUCCUCCCCUUCCAAAAUCAGAACUACAAAGAAAGCCACAUGUUCCGAUCCAGAAGCCCUUAGCCCAGAUGUGUGUGGUAAGACACUCUGCACAUGCACAAAGGAGCAUUUUCAAAACAUAUUAUUAUAUGAAGGAUCACUUGUUCAGGAUUGAGCUGUAGCAUAGGAAAAUGCGAGUCCUAGCUUUAAAUUAAGCCCUGAAGUGGCUAACAAAAGACAAAUGGGUACAAACUGACCAUUUAAGGAAGCCAGAAGUGCAUUAUUUGUUAGAAAUGCCCUAAAAUGUUGCAGUUGCCCCUGUUACUCCCUGGACUGUGGUGGAGAAAACCAAUUUGAUUAGUUUCAAAACGGAAGUGGAUAAAUCUAUGGAUGCAUAUUCAGGUUCACUUACUAGAGCAAAUUAGAUAUUUACUUCAUUUGUUGCAAUCCCUAUCAUCCGUCCAAUCCAGCUAACAUUAGUCAUGAUUAAGUCCCAUUGAAACCAAUGGAACAAGUUAACUGGGAGUAGUGCAAGUCCUAUUGCUUGCGAUGGCACUUAAUCACAACUAACUUUAACUGGAUUGGGGCCAGAGUGGUUCAAGAGUGAUAGACCAAGAUCUUACAUAUAGAUUCAGUGUGUGUGUGUGUGUUCAGGGGUGGUUGUGGUGGAGAGAAAUGGAGUAAUGGUUAUUCUAAAUAACCCAACCGUAAGAACCUAAGAAAUGCCCUGAUGCUGGAUCAGACCAAGGGUCCAUCUGGUCUGGCACUCAGUUCACACAGUAACCAACCCUUAGAAGCAUAUUGUUUUAUUAUUUUAAUCUGGAGGCUCAGUUAUAACCUCUGGAUUGAUCAAAAGGUUGCUUUUUCUUUUUUCUUUUGCUACACAAGUUAAAGAGGGGUUCUUGUUAUGUUUUUCAAAAGUAGCUCUGAUCAAAAUGAAUCUAAAGUGUAACUGUCAAAUGUUCCAAGUUCUUUUCAGGUCAGCUGUCUCUUUUUCGAAGAAUGGCUCUCUUUUUCACUUCUCUUUCUACCCCCAGGCCCCAGGCAAUUUUUCUAACUGUUAUUGCAGAUUUAUAUACUGUUUAUACAGUUAGCUAUAAUAUAGAGGUGGCAAUUAAAAAUACUCGGCAAAAUCAGUACCGUGAGUUUAAAGGCUAGCAGUCCUGGGGAUUUUUGCUUUCCCCUGUAAUGUGUGACUUGGCUUAAUGCUUAAAUGAGUCAUUUCCAUUGUUUACAAACCAUUGUUUUAAAUUGAACAUGCAUCUCUGUUAAGGGGGAACCUUCCUUGUCUCCCACUCUGCCUGUGGACACACUAUAGGGGGUUCUUUAGUGUAUGUGGGCUGGUGCCUGGAUGAACCUGCUUCAGGAUAGGGUACUUGACAUGUCAAUCUUCGGGCCCCUUCCAAUAUUGUGAUUCUAUGAGAUUUUGAGGUCAGCGUUUGAGGUGAUCGCUAUCCAGAAUGAUAAAAAUUGCUCAACAUCAGCAUUGCACAGCUUUAGGCUGGUGUAGGACGGGGCAGAGUAAAGAAAGAAUGGGAAGAAAAUGCUGACAGCGGGAUUAAUGCUGUUCAUCACAGCUCAGUAGCCAGUUUCUUUAACCCUUUCAACACCACAGCAUCAAGAGUUCAACUCACUUUUUACAGUUGAGUAAGGACAGUAGAGUAGCCAGGGAAAAGCAGACAUCCUGAGUAGCAAUAGGCCUAUUCUCACCUUCAUAUCAUCACUCGUAAGUCAUCAAGUAGGAACUGGAACCGUCCUCCGUACAUUCAGCAGAGUUUGAGAAAGACUCUGUAUAGGCAAUUGGCUCAUGCAGGAUUCCUACUCAUGUGGAAGAGCUUAGUUGGGGUACAUGGUUCUACAUUAGUUCUACAUGGUAGUUGGGGUAGAGGCACUCCCGUUUUCUCCUGCCAUACAUUAAUUGAGCAUGAUUUAAGAUGAGAACAGAGCUGCUUGUAGACUCUUUCUCUUACACUCAGUUAAAUGGCAAUUGGAAGUUAUUCUAUCCCUAUCCUUACUUUAUCCUGGGCUUGUUUAGGUUUGCUGUUGUCCUGUCUUCAUGUCUUUAUUUCUUCCUUAA